GUGGGUUUUAGUUUUUGCUAAUCACUGGAGCAGACGCUGGCUGGGAAAUGUGAAAUUUAUUAAUGUAUGUUGCUAAGUUGUGGCAAUGCGUUUGGAAAUGUAACCUAAGACGGAAGUACAGAGGCACUUUAGCAUCUCUGAGGGUGGGUUGUAAGACAGCCGUCCGCAUUGCAGGUUUAUAAGAGAUCCAGGAGAUUUUCCUGCUUUGGGGGAUGUGGAAUGCUUGAGCAAAAGGUAUUUCUUAUGUAGCAGUAAUUGAUCAUCUUAAUACUGUAUUGCUGUUGCUAACGGUAGCUUUCAAACUGGACUUGCAACAAUCCCUCCCAUGUCUGAGGGAGGGGUUGCCUUUGUAAAAGAAUUGGUAAAAUUAAUACAUUAGGCAUUAGCAAUAAUAUUUGGCCAUCUUCCUAAUAAUGUUUGCAUCUGCUUUCCAGUUUUAGAUUUUAUACAAAAAAUGCUAUAACAUAUAAAUCACUGCUAGUUUGUAAAGUCUGAGUACAAAUUUUGAUUAGUAAUUAGUAAUUGAUUUUUUUUCAAUGCCUUUGCUUUUUAAUUGGUCCAGUUGAGCUCUACCUGUGUAAAUAGAAAAUUGCUAUUGUUAAGAAGUAAUGAACGGGACACAAUCCCUUGUGAUUAGAUGGGCAGGAACAAUGGGCAGCCCCCAGACUUCAUUCUUGUCAGCUGGCAGGUAAUUGGAAUCUCUUUACCUCUGAAGACUGUGGAAAUGGCAUAAAGCUUUAGAAUAGCAGAAGAAAGGAAACUUUCUUCUGGGUUUGGUACAGAUGACACUUGUAGUCUGUCAUUCCUUUUAUUUUAGAUGAUUGAAGUACUCAAAGUUGCUGAAAGUUAAGAAAUGGAGUUAAGAGCGACAUUUAACUUUAAAGACUAAUUUGUAAGUUAAUGCUGGUGCAGCCUACUGUAGUAAUUAACUUAUUAGUAUUUGUCAUAUAACCAGUUUUUAAUGGUGGAGGACAUUACUUGUUUGCUUGCAGUCAGUGAUUAACAAAGUGUGUGUGUGUGCAUUUUGUAAGGUAAGGGACAAAUAGCUCGUUCACUAAGUUUGAUGUUCAUGGGGGCAUUGGACUCUAUUGGCUGGAAAAGAGUCUGUCAUAAUUACUAUGUAGAUGAUUGCGGUGUCAGCUUUUAAUAAUUUUUAAAAGAUUUUUGGAAUUUUCUGAGGCCAAACUUUGAUGACUUGUUCCUUUUGCAGGCUUUCCCUCUCUCCCCUUUGCUGCAGUGUACAGUUGAAAGCCAUCCUAUUGCAGCAACACCCCUGCUGUGUCUCACUAACAUCUCCACCUUUUCAGAACUUGGAACUGGGAGGCUGGAAUAUUUUUCCAACUGAAUUCUUUCUCAGGCUGCUUCUGCUACAUCACUGUAAAAAAAAUGGUGCUGCUUGGGUGAGGCUAAGCAAGACAGGUUGCCCUCUGUAAAAGACAAGUAUCCUUCUCUCUUUGCCCUCAAAGCUGUGCAACUAGAACUUGUUGAUUCAGCUGUGCAGAUGGUGGUAUGCUAAAGAAACUUUAAAGUAACCUCAAUCCCUGUCUUUGUUUCAAAAUUAAUGUAAAACAAACAACUUAGUAGUGAUUAUAUUUUUAUCUGCACAGAUAAAAAUGGUUAGCACUCAUUUUUCUGUGCUCUACUUGUCUUUGAUUCCCAUGAACACAAGCUUUUGUGAUUUUAAAAUAAGGAAUAAGUUUCUAGUCCUGACUGUUGAAGUAGUGAAUUUCUAAUGCUGAAGCACUCAGUUGGAGAAUAAAUUGAUUAAGGCAGAGUAAUGUAGCCCUGGUGGCUUCAUGGGUUUCUUUCUGCUGGGUUGUUGGGUUGCCUGUAGUGGGAUCUGGCAUUUGCCAAGGCCUUGUCCGCACUAUGCUGUCAGCAAGUGGCAGGUUGCCAUUCCGCCUUAGCAGCAGAAUGCUUGCCUGCUUUGGGGAUGUGGAUGGAAGUGUAGUGCUUGCAUCGUGAUGGGAAGAGGUGCGGGGCCAGUGACUUACUUCUUUGUGAAAAAGGUAUGUUGGGCUAGACGGAUCCUUGAUCUGAUGAAGCAGUUGUAUAAAAUAAGAGGUUUUAAAAAUGUAAUGCACAAAGAUCUGUUCUGCUUGCAUGGCAUGGCCUGAGAGUGUUUCUGCAAAAGUGUGGAAGAAGCCCUUAUGCUGCAGGGAGACAAUAACUUUUAAGAGUUGAAAGUGGUAUGUUCAGAUGUCUGCUGCUGCUUCCACAGUGUACACAUGCCGGCUCUUUCAUUCUCUUGAACAAACAGGUCUUGCAAGACAGAAUCAGAAUUCAAAAUGACCUUAACAGAUUGGAGAAAUGGGUGCAAGCUAACAAAAUGAAUUUCAGUAGGGACAAAUGUAAGGUUCUGCACUUGGGCAGGAAGAACCAGAUGCACAAAGAUAGGAUGGGGGACACCUGGCUUACUAGCAGUACAUGUAAAAAAAACUAGGGGUCCUUGGUGGACCACAAGCUUAACAUGAGCUAACGCUCUUCUAGGCUGCAUCAACAGAAAUAUUCUGCCUUGGUCAGACCACACCUGGAAUGCUGUGUCCAGUUGUGGACACUGCAAUUUAAGAAGGAUGUUGACAAGCUAGAAAGUGUGCAGAGGACAGCAACCAAGAUGAUCAAGGGUCUGGAAACGAAGCCUUUAUGAAAAACGCUUGAAGGAGCUGGGUAUGUUUAGCCUGGAGAAGAGGAGACUGAGAGGAUAGAGCUGUCUUCAGAUACAUGGGAAAGGGAGCGUGCUUGUUUUCUCCUGUUCUUGAGGGUAGGACUCAAGGCAAUGGCUUCAAGUUACAAGAAAGGAGUUUCUGACUAUACAUUCGGAAAAACUUUCGGACAGUAAGAGCUGUUCGGCAGUGGAGCAGACUCCCAUGAGAGAUGGCGGACUCUCCUUCCUUAGAGGUUUUUAAGCAGAGGCUGGAUGGCCUUCUGUCAUGGAUGUUUUAGCUGAGAGUCCUGCAUUGCAGGGGGUUGAACUAGAUGACCCUUGGGUCCUUUCCAACUCUAAGAUUCUAUGAUUCUUGGAGCGCUCUUGGAGCGCUGUUAGAAUUUGCAAGUUGUGAUGAUAGGAAGGUGAGUGUGACUUGCUAACCAUGGGCAUCUAUGGCCCUCUCAUCUCAGCUUCAUGAAAAAUGCUGCCCAUCUCCAGCCUCAGGUAACUACCCAGCCAGGAAGGGAGGAAGGGUGUUAAUUUCAGGGCUUUGAGAUUGUAGCCCAAGAUGUCCCUAAAUUAUCCAAGAUUCAUUGAUAGUAUACAGAGUGUGUUGCUUUAGUUCUUCCAUAUCUUCAGCACUAAUAACCACUUUCAGGAAAGUGGUUGCUUUUUUAAAUGUCAGCACACCACUGGGAGGUGCGGCUGUGCAACCCCCCCCCCAAAAGGACUGUGCCUCAACAUCUGUAUAAACACUUGCUACCAUUCUUUCCCCCAUGUCUAUAUUUUAGGAAAAUAUAACAGCACUAAAGGCUGCCAGAAGCAACCUCUCUGCCACCAGCACCACCCCAAGUUUUGACGUUAGUUCACAUGGAGGCAGGAUGGAGAGAUUCAGCAUUCAAAGUCCCACAGCCAUACUAGAAGUGUCUUUGUAUUUAAUAUGCAUGGAUGUUUCAUGUUGCUGCCAUCAGCUCAGGGAUUACCUUAGGCAUGGUGUAGUGGUUAAGAGUGGAGGGGUUCGGGUCUCCGCUCCUCCACAUGCAGCUGCUGGGUGACCUUGGGCAAAUGGGCUAGUCACACUUCUUUGAAGUCUCUCAGCCCCACUCACCUCACAGUGUGUCUGUUGUGGGGGAGGGAGGGAAAGGAGAUUGUUAGCAGCUUUGAGACUCCUUAAAAGGUAAAGGGACCCCUGACCAUUAGGUCCAGUCGUGACCGACUCUGGGGUUGCGCGCUCAUAUCGCAUUAUUGGCCGAGGGAGCCGGCGUACAGCUUCCAGGUCAUGUGGCCAGCAUGACAAAGCCGCUUCUGGCGAACCAGAGCAGCAACGGAAACGCCGUUUACCUUCCUGCUAUUUAUCUACUUGCUCUUUGACGUGCUUUUGAACUGCUAGGUUGGCAGGAGCUGGGACCAAGAACCGCUGACCUUCUGAUCAGCAAGCCCUAGGCUCUGUGGUUUAACCUUCAGUGCCACCCUUGAGACUCCUUAGGGUAGUGAUAAAGCGACAUAUCAAAUCCAAACUCUUCUUCUUCUGCUGCUGCUGCUGGUGGUAUGCUGAGGAUAAUCCUACCAGAUGCUGCUAUGUUUGUUUGUUUUUUGAGGGUGGGGAAUCCCUCAUUAGCACCAGUAAAGGAUCCCCCCCCCCAAAAAAAACAACAAAACCUAAAUACCAAAAUUACAAGAGGGUUAUUCCUCAGGAUUGCAGCAGGGGAGGAAAAGGUUAAAUUCCCCCCCCCCCGCCUGCUGUGUGAUCCCAUUAAUUGCCUUCCAAGUUGAUGAUGAUAUUUGCAUUAAAAAACAACAACCCUGCAUGUUAAGUGAAAAGAUGUAUUUAACAUCCCUCUACUUGGAGUGUCAGAGCUUCAGAAAACGACAGACACACAUUUUCUGAGUGUAAACAGAAUCCUUGCAACAGAACAGCUGGUUCAAACAGUCCCCCCUCCUGAAAAUGUCUCACAGUGAGAGCAUCCCUCUCAUAGAAUCUGCAAAGCACCCACUUAACAGUAAUUUCUACUGGAGAGGCUGUUUGAAGUGGGCUAAAAAUAGACACAUAAAAAAAUUCAACCACUCAGGGCUGCUUGCAAGCAUAAGCAGAGGGUGGGGCAGUUUGCAGCAUCUCUGAAGCCAGUAGACUACAGCCAUCCAAGAUUAAAUUUUCAGAAGUGUUUUUGCAGAUGAGUAUAGACUGCUGGGUACCGGUACCUUUCAGAUGUGGUUUUGGUGAUAACAUAUUUUGAGUGCAUAUGGAUGUACUGUAUACCUUUUAACUUUUCAGUAUCCAGCUACUCAGAAGUGACUGCUGUAAAUUUACCAUUUCAAUCCAAAGCAUUUUUGUUCUGCCCAGAAAAUUGGGAGAGUAGGGAGAGAUAAUAGCACAAACUAUGCAGAAUGAGGUGGUAAAAUUUUGGGUUGUGCUACUUUAGGCCGCAGGUGAGAUAGUCGUAUUUUUAUUAAUGUGUUGUUAAAAACAUAAAUCUGCAUGCAAUUAGUAAAAACUAGCAUGUUGAAGAGUGGGCCUUGAAGGGUGGCCAUUCUAAGCCUUUCCCCCUGGUGGACUGAUUCUAGUUCAGCCUUUGCUGCCCUGGUGACACCAGAUGUUUUGGACUACAACCCCAGCUAGCACAUCCACAUUUACUGCAAUUUACUUCCUCACAGUAACUCCAUGUUCACUUAGUUUUUUAGAAUGAGAACACAGGACAAGCCCCCUGUAGGAAGUGGUUUGCAAUUAUGCAGGGAGGGGGGUGUUGAUUAAAAAAUCAGACACAAGACCCACUUGCCUUUCAAAGUGGCACAGCUACAAAUUUCACCAUGUUCUUCCACAUAAUCUAUAAAAUGAUUCUGAGGGAGCAUGGGGUGGUAGGAGAAGAGUAUGAGAGUUGUGGGUGCUGAUGUGGCCAGCCAUGUGUCUUCAGUCUCUUUCCCUCCCAUCUCCUGUCUCUGCACACUUUUUUUGAUGUCUGGCUGCCGAUAUGUGAGCCCUGGUGUGCACUUGACAGCAGAUCCACCCACCCCUUGGCAAGUAGAGAGAGAGAGAGAGAGAGAGAGAGAGAGAGAGAGAGAGAGAGAGAGAGAGAGAGAGAGAUGGAUUAGAACAGGGGUCAGCAAACUUUUUCAGCAGGGGGCCGGUCCACUGUCCCUCAGACCUUGUGGGGGCCGGACUAUUUUUUUUUGGGGGGGGGGAAUAUGAACGAAUUCCUAUGCCCCACAAAUAACCCAGAGAUGCAUUUUAAAUAAAAGGACACAUUCUACUCAUGUAAAAACAUGCUGAUUCCCGGACCGUCCGCAGGCCAGAUUUAGAAGGCGAUUGAGCCGCAUACGGCCCCCGGGCCGUAGUUUGGGGACCCCUGGAUUAGAACAUCCCUCCCUGAUGUACUAGUUUUCCAUUUGCAGACUUUGGGGAAGAGCAUAGAAUGGUUUUACUCACCUGCUCGCUGAAGUGGUACAAUCCACUCUGUCCCCUCAUGAUCGUUCUACAUCAUUCUGCUUCAUGUGCAGACCAACCCUCCCUCCCCCCCACUAGUGUUCUGUUGGCUGUUGCACCUCUGUGCACCCAUUGUUGCGCAGGGAUGGGAGACCUCCAGAUUUUGUUGGGCUGCAGCUCCUCUUAAGUCCCAGGCAGCAUGGCCAGUUGCUGGGAUCUGUAGUCCUAUCAACAUCUGGAGGCCACAGAUCUCCCACCUUUGUUGUGAAGGAAACAACAUGGCCUGGAGCUUUGGACAGCCCCAACAAUUAUAAGAUUCAAAGCACAAAGUGGCAACAGCCCUUGGAGCAGAAGGCCAGGCUCUGUCCAGAUGGAGUAAUUUCAUUGCAUUAGGUCACAUGAAGGUGUUUAUGUUGUCCUGGGCCUUGGCAUCUGGUUGUCUGUCUAAGAUGGCUGUUGCAACAUUGGCUCUCAGCUACGAGCUAUAUUAAACUGCACCUACCAUUGUUGGCCCAACAACCCAACACCCUCCAGUUAUAGCUAGACUUCCAGCAUCUCUGACUUUUGGCCAUGCAGGCUGGAUCUGAUCAGAGUGAGUCGAACAACAUGGAAAGGUCCAGUGGUCAGCCACCCCUGGCCGGGUGACAAUCUUCCCUCCCUGAUUUAAAGAAAAUUGCAUCAGAUUUCCUGAAAGCAUCUUGGGGGAAAUGAGAAAAGCCAUCCCUAUUGCUUAUCUCUGCUCAUUUCCUGAGCGCAUUGGGGCGUUCCUCUUGAUAGCCUUUGAGACUUUCUCCUCUUAAUUGUUCUUCCGUUGCUGCUCCAUCAGAGACUUGCCACAGUACUAAAAAUAACUCCACAGUGAUAUUAAGACCUGAGACAUUCAGAGGUCGACUGAAAGGAGACUACAGCAGUCUGUCUGGGAGAUUGGGGUGGUGGGGGGGAAUGUACACUUCAUAAAACAUGUUAUAUGCCUUUAAAAAUAGAAAAUGUUUAGAGGCUUUUUAUAUUCUUCUGAAAAGAACAUGAGCUCACUGAGCUUCUUAAGGGGCUGGUUCCAUAUUUUUCUGGAAACUCCCUGUUCCUUUUGGUUGUGAACUCAACCACUAAGAAGACCAAGUAUUACAGUGCUGGCAGAGGACACAUUUUAAAGUGUCUGGGUACCAGGAUCUAAUUUUUAGUUGCUGUGGUGGCUACCAUAGAUGCCUUGGAUUUUCAUGCUCUACUAAUUUUAUUUUUAAAACUAAAAACAACUUUAUUUGGCAUUACCUGUGACAUAUGCCUUUGUUUUACUGACUGGUCAGAAUCAUGCCCUUCACCCAGUGGUGGAUUGAGAGGAGGAUCUCCCAGGCCAGGGUAAGAAACUGGUAGAAGAAAGGGAAGCUCCCAGGUGAGAGCUAGCAGGUUGGGCUCCAGCACUCUCUGUGUGAGACAAGGGUUAAGAGCUGCCUUUGGAAGAGGACUCUGCACUUUCUUCUCUCUCUCUCUGUUUUUGUUUAGAUUAGUUCCUUUUAUCUUACUGUAUUAUGAAAAAGCUGUAAUCAAAUCUUAUUAAAAGGAAUCAUGCCCCCUUCACCCAGCCCUAAAAACCAGCAUUCCUCCUUUUCAUUUAUUGCCCUAUUUAUUCCUGCUCUACAUAGUACUUAGUACAGUGGGUGACGCUGUGGGUUAAACCAAAGAGCCUAGGGCUUGCCGAUCAGAAGGUCAGCGGUUCGACGGGGUGAGCUCCCGUUGCUCAGUCCCAGCUCCUGCCAACCUAGCAGUUCGAAAGCAUAAACGCUGUUUCCGUGUGCUGCUCUGGUUCGCCAGAAGCGGCUUAGUCGUGCUGGCCACAUGACCCAGAAGCUGUACGCCGGCUCCCUCAGCCAAUAAUGCGAGAUGAGUGCUGCAACCCCAGAGUCGGUCACAACUGGACCUAAUGGUCAGGGGUCCCUUUACCUGUACUUACUACUUAACCAUGGUUUCCACAAAGCAAUUCUGGAGACGGUUCUUGUUCUUGUUUAUUUUUUAUUAUUUUUCCCUUUAGCAUGUUUAGUGUUAUUGUAUUAUGAUUUACUGGUGCUGUUGUCCUUUUAAAAUCUUAGUAAUAAAAGGUAUUUUAAAAAAAUAAUCUCGAAAUCUUUUAAAACAUCCUUAUUGGGUGGCACUGAGUUAUCAGUGGAACGCUGAAUCUGGUGCCAAAACUGUGUUUGCAUGCUUGCAUUUUUUUAAUAGUUUGUUUUGUUCAAGAGUUCCAAAAAUGGCUGAGCUGGAACAUUUUUGUGGUACUUGGAAAAAACCAAAACCCUGCAAUAGCACCUGCCGUUAUUCCCCCCACCCACCCAGAUAGGGAAGCUCAGUGGCAGAGAAUAUGCUUUACCUGAAAAAGGUCUCCGGUUCAAACCCUGGUAUGCCCAGCCAGGGCUGGAAAAGAUUCCUACCUGAAACCCUGCAGAGCCACUGCCAGUCGGGGGGACAGUACUGAACUAGUUGGAUUCAGGGGUCCGAGGCAGGUUUCCUAUGUGACUAACCUGGUUCCCAUUGUUGCAAGGAGCCUUAUGUUUUCUUCCACCUCCUCUUUGUUCCCUUUUCUUGUAGGUGGGCCAGGAGAGGGCGUGAAACCUGUAAGGGCAAACGGGGCCUGCACAAAACAUUGCAGUGCAGAGCGCUACUGCUCAGGUUUCCAGCCAGCCAGGCAUGCCCGUUCCAAGAAAACACAGUUUCUGGAUUCCCCCCCCCCUCAGUUGUUGCUGCUGAUUUGGGAGGGAAUACCUGUGCAGACCUUGGGGUUUCCCUAGGCCUGCUGAUGCCACACAAAAGUAUAUAUGUGGAUGUGGCUGUGGAUGGUGACAGUUACAUAAUGACCCACACUCAUAGAAGUGGGUAGUCUAAGUGGUGCCUCUCGGAUAUUUUGGACCACAGUUCCCCAAAUCCCUGGCCAUUGGCCAUGAUGACCAGGGGUGAUGGAAGUUGUGGUCCAUGACAUCUGGAGAGUACCAACCUUGGCUGCCUGUGGUGGCUAGUGAUGAAUGCAUUUGUUGAAAUAUAAUAGAAAUAUAUAGUUUAGAUCAGUGGUUCCCACCCCCCACCCCAUGGGCCACUUGAAAAUUGCUAAUAAUUAUUAAGUGGACCACUUAAUAAUUGUUCUGCCUGUUGUAGCAAGUGUAAUGCUGUAUGAUUUUCAACUGCAUUUUUACAGACAUGCCAUGGACCUCCUGAAUGAAGCUUGUGACCACUGGUAGUCUGCAAAACACAGUUUGGCAAACCCUGAUCUAAAUGACCCAGUUAAUCCCUGUUUUUUAAAGGUUUGUUUUUUAACCAUGCAAUUUCAUUGUAAUGGAUGGAGUGUUUUACCUGCUUCUGAGUUGCCUUUGUUCUUUAGGUGAGUUCUGCUGUAUAGAGAAGGAAUGCAGAACCUCUUUUCUGCCUGAUAGCUGUAUUCUCUUGUAGGAAACCUUCCAGGGGUCGCAUGCCUAUGCUGGGAAGGACCAGAGGCAAAUGUGGCUAGGGUAGUAGAUGCAAUUCUUACUUCUGUGCAGCAGGCUGCAUUCUAGCCGUGCAAGAGGCAGAAAUUCUUACAUGCCCACACCAUGCUCACCUCUCCAUCCUUCUUCCAGGCCGCAAGUGGUGUUAUCCUUGUUCUAAGAACACAUUCCAGGAAAGCAAAAGCACAUGAGGAGAGUGUGGAGCCAGGACAGUGAAGGGUGUAACUGGAGGUGGGGUGUGGCCAUUGAGAGCUGGACAGAGAGGCCUGGAGAGUGGUACUUGGACCCUGGGUCAGAGUUUCCCUCCCCUAGUUUAGAGAGGUGGUGUGGGGAAGAGGAGAGGAAAGAUUUGUUCUUUGUACAGUGUAGAGUUCAAAGUCAACCUUAGAUUAGACCUCUGCUUUCUCUCUCUCUUUUUAGUGUCGGUACUCAUAAAAGUGCUGUGGGUGCCAGCACAAAAUGGCUGCCAUGUGCAGAAAGAAAGACAAAAGAGGUUCCGGUGAGUUCUGUCACUGAACUGAAGACUACUGAACAAGACUUUUCAAAAGGCCUCCUUUCUCCCUCUAGAACAAGCAAGCUUGCAAGCGUAGAAAGAACCCCCCCCCCAAAGUUGGGAGACGUGGGUGGGUAACGCGGCUCUUGGGCAGCUGGAAGGAGCCCCGCCCGCCUGCCACUUCCCUCCCAGUCGCCAGGAGACCAACAACACAUCAAGGGGCCUCUCCUCUGCCUCCUUACUCUCCUUUUUCGUGUGCCAUGAAUGAUUCUCCAGCGCAGCCAGCAGGUAGAGCCCCUUCUUGCCAGGGGGCUGCCCCCUUUCGACUCCUCUGCGCCCGGAAGAGGCCGCUCAAACUUUCGGUUCCUAACUUAGCAGAGGAAGAUUUUCCUCCACCUUUGAAAGGGGUGUGUCGGCAGCUUCCCAGCCCCUCUUGAUUCCUCUGAGCGGCCAUGCCAAUGCCCCCUGGCUCGGUGGCUCAGUGGUGGAGGGCUAUGUGCAUGGAGCAAGGGAGCAGCAGAUCCUACUCCGCUCCCCCAAGGGCCCUGGGUCAGUCGGGCUCCAUGGAGCGUCCGCUCCACUCUUUUCCGGCCUCCAGCGCCCUUCUUCUCCUUCCUCCUCCAGGGCUCAGGAUGCCUCACAAGUGCCAGACGGGACAGGACAUGCAGCCCGCAGGAGGGAGCCCAGGCAGCACACCAAAUGUCACCCCCAAGCGUGCUGCCCUCAGACAGAGAACUCCCAAGCCUCCCCCGAGCUGUCAAAACAAAGGGGGGAAGGCCGCCGGCAAAGUGGCGCAGCUUCCCCCUUCCCUCGACAGCUCGGGGUAGGCUUGAGUGUCAUGGGUGUCGUGCCAAAUGUCACCCCCCUCAGUGAUGACACCUGGGGUGGUCCGCCUCCACCGCAGCCCCCCUUCCUACGCCUCUGAGAACAAGGUGGUCCAACCUUUCAUACCAAGUAGGCCACAAGAGUACUUUGACAUGGAACCCGCGGGCUGCACACUGCUUUGGGGGUGGGGGAGAAAGUCCAAAAUUUGACGCCCACACCCCAGUCCUCAUGCUGCCUUCUUAAUACCUGGUAAGCACUUGCCUGGUUUCAGGAAAAAGAUUGGAGAGCUCUGACAGGGCGGGGGUCAUUUUGUAUAAUCCUGAUGGUCUCAGUGGAGCUGGAGCUGUACAAGUUGUUAUUUCCUAAGCAGGUGAUAAAUUUAUAAUCCAUUUUAGCAGGGGGGUGGGGGUCUUUGUUUGCCAGGAGAUACUGUCUUUAAGGCGCCUGCCAAAGAAUCUCAGAUUUUGAAGUUGUAGAUCUGCCCCGUAGAACCUCUUCCUUGUCUGUUUUCAGUACUGUGAGAGGGGCAUUUGCUUAAUUAAUCAAAGAAGAAUGGGGAGUAGCAGAGGAUUUUAGAGGCUCUUCAAAGGGGUGGGGUGGAUGGAUGUAUAGGUAGGUAGAUAGGUAGAUAGAUAGACAGAUAGAUAUUGUGUGUGGGGGGGGGUGUCCAUUAGCAAGGUUGUUCUGACUCUUCAGCCAGCAAUAUCAAGGUGUGACUAUAUAGCACUGGAACGGCUGGGUGGUUGUUGUUUUUCAAUCUCCGAUAAAAUGAAAUAAUUUGGUUUGUUUUUGUUGCAGAUCACUGCUCCAAGAAUGCAGUCGCCAAGAAUGGGAUGGGGCCAUAGCUCAGUGAUAAGAGUGCAUGCUUUGCAUGCCGAAGGUUCUGUCUCUCCAGCUAAAAGGGUCUUACGUAUCGGGGCUGAGAGAGAGAGCCCUCAGUGAGGACCAUAAGAGCUGCUGCUAGUAGGCUAGAUUGCCCAAAGGGUUUCAUUUGGCUAAAGGUAGCUUCAGAUGUCGGUACAUUCAGAUUUACGACUGAUUCAGACAUUGGACACCUCGGUGUAUCCAAUGUAGUGUUAAGUUGCUGGCAAUGAGUUUCCGCUAAUGCUGCUGUUGUGUUGGAUUCCUCUGUUGUGCAACAUUAAAACUUACCCACCUGCUAGCACAAGCACCCUUGCGCCAGCAGACAGAGAACUUUGGCUACAGCCCCUCACGUGGACCACCAUCAAAGGCUGUUUCUGGUGCCUGAAGACUCCCAAGUGAUCAGAUGUCAAAUGUUCUGAGUGCCACAGUCUGGAGGCGUGUUUCAUUUAAUUCAUUCACUUACUGUGUCUGUAUGCUAUCUUUUGCCCAAAGAGCUUAAGGCAGGCAUCCCCAAAUUGUGGCGCUCCAGAUGUUUUGGCCUACAACUCCCAUGAUCCCUAGCUAACAGGACCAGUGGUUGGGGAAGAUGGGAAUUGUAGUCCAAAACAUCUGGAGGGCCGAAGUUUGGGGGUGCCUGGCUUAAGGCAACAUAUGAAGUCUCCCAUCCACAGCAGCCUUGUGAAAGUGAGCUGGACUGAGAGGCAGUGCCUGGCCAGUGAACUUCAUGACCAAGCAUUUGUGUGUAUGCAUGCAGGUGUGACAUUUGCCAGUACUUUUAGGUGGCUUCAAACCACCAUUUGAUAAAGUACUUCAGGAUAAAGCCAGUCUCUUUAAGCUAAAACUGGCUAGCAAUGUUUAGUGGUGCUUUUCAGCAGUUAAUUGUGGUUUAGCUUCUAGUAUUCCACAAAGGGAGGAAACAUAUUCCUUUCAUAGACCAGCUGCUGGGCAACCAGUCACCCCCACUUAGAUGGAAAUGUCUCCUUUCACUGCUUUUGGACUCUGGCACUGGACUCUUUCGCUUGUGCUGGUAGAGCAUAUAUUUCACAAAGCGGUGAAGGUCAGGAAUCUUGGAAAUGGCACUUGCUCUCCCUCCCUGGCACACAGACCUCCAUGGUAGGAGUAGAGCAGGCAUCCCCAAACUUCGGUCCUCCAGAUGUUUUGGCCUACAACUCCCAUGAUCCCUAGCUAAGAGGACCAGUGGCAGGGAUGAUGGGAAUUGUAGUCCAAAACAUCUGGAGGGCCGAAGUUUGGGGAUGCCUGGAGUAGAGAGACUGCCUCCUGACUAAUCUGAGGCUCUUUUCUGCUUAACCUCUCAUCAGCUCAAGGCAACUCAGGGAGCUGUAGUCCAAAACAGCUAAAUGGCAGCAGUUUAGGGAGUGCUGAGCACAUCCAGGUGUGUGGAAUGCUUCCGCCUGCACCAGUUCCUCCACCUGCCCUCCACCGGUUGCCAGGGCUUUGGUGUCUUCAUAAGUGAGCGUCAACAUGCCUUGUUUGUUGGGGGGACAACAGCAGCAGACUUCCUAUGCUGCAGCACUCAGUCCUGGGUGUGGGAAGCUGCUGUCUGGUCUUGCCCUUGGAAGAUCUGUCUGCUGUUGUGAAGGUAUUUUCUGCAGCAGCAGCCGGCAGUUGCCUCCUUUCUCCAGAUUCCAUCAGUGACUCUUUGCUAGGGAGCCGCAAGCCUUAACAAUGCCCGUUUUUUGCCCUGUAACUUCAGGCUCCCACCUCCUAUCUCUAUCAGGUGUCAUCAGCAAAGAAACUGUAAAUGCAAAUGUUUACAUAGAGUAACCAGAAUAGGACAACUGCUUUGUGCGUGCUGGCAUAUACUGGAAAUGCUACAGAGCUAAUGAGUGGGGGGGGUUAGUUUUGGGGGGGUUUGUAUUUCAGUGGGAACAUGUUUUAAAUUAAUAAUGUGUGACUUGCACAAAACAAAAUAUUCCACUUGCACUGUUUGUUGGUAAGCCUCUCCCCUGCCCCACCCCCACCUGCUUUCAGAGUGCAAAGGGCCUGCUGUGGGAUGAUUGGCUGGGUGAGUCGUACCAUGCCUAGGAAGGGAGCGCCAUUUCCCCGCUAUGUCACCCACUCAAUGGGAAUUCAGCAAGCACUUAAGGAAUCUGAGAUGCAGUAAAGCUUUUAGCUGUGCAGACAAGGCUGGCUCAUUGGAGAGAGAUAAUGUAGCUAAGAAAUAUUGACAGUGUUAGUGAAGGAUGGGCCUUGAGACCAUGAACAGAAUGGAAUGGGCUGUUUAUAAAGGGCCCCCCUCCCGGGUUUUAGCCAAGGAUAUGCCACUUCAAAGCAAGUCAGAGAUGGCACUGCUGUACUCUACACCAUGUCUCCAUCGCUGCUUUUAAUUUUGCUUUUCGAAGUCUGAAUGCAUAUGGCUUGGGCAAGUUAAUGUGUUCUUUGACAGAGACUGCUUGAUAGGUUUGUGGGGUUGAGCCUUAUGCACAAAGCUGAGAGAGAGUGGGUUGCCUUCAGGGCUCUGAAGCUAUAAAAGAAAUGGGGAAACAAGGGCUGUCUGUGGGCUCCCAUUAUUUACCAAUGCUUUGCAAAAUUGCCUGGACACAGUUUCGUGGUAGCAGUAACCCUCAACCCAGCUAGUUGAUUGAGGUUGUUCAAUUCACAGCCAUGCUUUCAUGAUUCUAAGGCAGUUGCAGAAAUCAAGAGUCCCACCAGAACACUUUUGAGCUGUGCCUCUCCCUUGCGAAGAGAUUUUUACUGAAGACCCUCUCUUGGUUUAGAAUUGUUUACAAAACUUAAUCCUGAUCCAGGAUCCUUCUCCUGUAAAUUGCAUGAAAGCUCCAUUGUUUUGUGGAAUAAGUUCCUGCAAAACUUGCUCUUCUAUUUCUGCAAGGAUGCUCUGUUUCCUUGGGGAGAUCUCCAACUCCCCCUCACCCUGACCUUUAAUCUCUCAAGGACGUACAUGCUACCAAGUUAACUCAGACCUUUUAAAAAGUGAGGUACUUCAUUCUUCAUUCAAGAAAAAGCACUAAAGCUUAUCAUAAGGGAAGGAUCCUCAGUGAUUGAUCACAUUGCCAGUAACAAGUCCCAGGUUCAAUUCCUGGCAUCUUCAGUUAAAAGAAUCAGACAGCAGGUAAUGUGGAAUAGCUUUCUCUGCCAGUGACCCUGGAGUGAUGCAGCCAGCCAAGUGUAAACCAUCCUCAGUAGAUAAAGCAGCUUCAUGCAUGUAUCACAGCACACUUUAGACAUUGGUGAGGCUCCAAAAUAUCCAACCAAGCUCCAGACCAUAGGCCUACUUAGAGUGGACCCAUUGAAAUCAAAUGACCUCAGUUAGUCAUGUUCCUUGAUUUCAGUGGGUCUAUUCUGGGUAAGAUGUUUGCUUUUACUUUUUCAUGCAGAAGUAGAACAGAAGUGGCACAUUGUUUGAGGGCUAGUAGUAGUCUGGCACGUGUGUUUAUAACAUCGCAGUGUUGGUUUCUGUCUAGACUGAGCUGAUGAUGCCAGUAAGGCCUCCUCUUGGGUGAAUGUUGUUGUUUAGUCAUUUAGCCGUGUCUGACUGUUCGUGACCCCAUGGACCAGAGCACGGCAGGCACUCCUGUCUUCCACUGCCUCCCACAGUUUGGUCAGACUCAUGUUGGUGGCUUCGAGAACACUGUCCAACCAUCUCGUCCUCUGUCAUCCCCUUUUCCUUGUGCCCUCCAUCUUUCCCAACAUCAGGGUCUUUUCCAGGGUGAAUAGGAGCUGUGAUAAAACAGAGACAGGAUUGUCUUUGAUGUAGUUUGCCCUCUGCAUGGAAGAAAUGAGAGUCUGUGUGUACGACCCAGGCUGCAUAGCUUUCGUUUUUAUAAAACAAGCAUGCCAACUAAGCACCUCUUGUGAGUGAGUGGUAGGCUGGAGGGCAAGUGUUCUCCUACCCGGUUUGAGGGUGGGCCCUCAUGCCAGCUGUUCAAUUAAAAAAAACCAUAACCUAUUCGCAAUCAUGACCUGUUAUUGCUAGCUAAUGUCUCUAGCAUUUUUACUGAAAUGUUUACAGUCUUUAUUUCCACAGCCAUUCUCUAGCCUAAGAAGUGAUCUAGACCAGACUUCUCCAAGCUGUGGUCCUCCAGGUGUCCAGAACUACAGCAUGUGCUGGCUGGGGCUGAUAGGAGUUGUAGUUCAGAACAUUUGGAAGGCACCAAGUUGGUAAAGGAUAGCCUAGGCCUUUGCCCGAAGCCCCAGGUGAUAUCCAUGACAGUGGAGCAGCUCCUCUGCCGCACACCUUCCCCCAGUCUGUGCUUGAGCUUCAUUUCAGCAGAGGCUGCUACCAGGGUCUAGCUGCUUCUCUCCGGCAGCUGUGGGUUGCAGUAAACCCUGGCCAUCAGCCUCAAGUGCUUGGUUCACUGACAGACCACGCAGUAGCCCUUUCCGUUCAUCCAGCCCCACUGACUCCUGGUCUCUCAGAUUUGGUGUGUGUUCUGUUGUGCUCUGUUAGAGAUAACUAGUAUAGUGCCGUUCAGAUGCUGAACUCCCACCAAACCCAGCCAGAAUGGCUAGUGGUCAGGAAUUACAGAAGUUUUAGUCCAACAAUCCCUGGAGGGCCACAAACUCCCCAUUCCUGCUCUUGGACCAGAAGCAGCUGGAAGCUUGAGUGCUUUAUCAGCUAGGCAGCACACCUGCUACAGGUAGAUGUUGACACAAAAAGGUUUCUUGCUGGUGGUGGGUUUCCUUGCCAUUCUGAGCUGUUCAGUGCUGCUCAGCUGCAGCCUUUGUUGGCCCUGUGAAUGUUUUGUUUGCUGUUGGUUUCUAAGAUCGUGGCUUAUCAGGGGCUUCCCUGUCUAUGAGGGAUUAUAGCCUCUCUCUAAAUGUAGCUCAGGGAGGUGACUGGCAGCUCAUACCAAGGAGGAGGCGCACACACUCUCGGGUUUUCUCAGAACUCCACUUCAGUCUGCUAAAGGGAUUAGUGCCCUGAAGUCUGUCUGGCACUAAUCCUUUUCUGCAAACAAAUGAGCACCUGGUGGUGUCCUCUGCCCCCCCCCAUCAUGAGCAUGGCUAUCCUGAAUGGGCUGGAAUUUCCACAACUGGAAAUAUCCACAUCCUAGUUGAAAGUGUCCAUGCUGCAGAAAGGGAAUGGCCUUCUCUGCACACGGGAUCAUUUUGGUGCAGCUGCAUUGAUCAAAAGCUCACUUGUUUUGCCCUGGACUUGGAAACUGCAAGGUAAAAGGCCCCUGAUUUGGUCUCAAGGUGCUAUGUUCCCCUCUUCCGCCCUUCACUCAGCAGGUUCACUGGAUGUCAGGAUGGCGGCAUCAAACCUGGAGAACCAGCUGCACAGCGCCCAGAAGAACCUGCUCUUCCUCCAGCGGCAACACGCAGACACCCUCAAGGGGCUGCAUGCUGAGAUUCGGCGACUACAGCAGCACUGCACAGAUCUGACGUACGAGUUGACUCUCAAAAGCUCAGACUCAACAGAAAGUGGGACUUCAAGAAGCGAAGAACUCAAAAGGAAGUGUGAAGAACUUGAGGCCCAGCUGAAAGUGAAAGAGGCUGAAAACAAUGAGCUAUUAAAGGAACUGGAGCAAAAGAAUGCAAUGAUAAUGGUGCUUGAGAACACCAUCAAGGAGAGGGAAAAGAAGUAUUUAGAAGAACUGAAAAUGAAAAGCCAUAAGCUGAACAUGCUGUCGAGUGAAUUGGAGCAGCGCGCCAGCACGAUUGCAUACCUCACCUCACAGCUGCAUGCAACCAAGAAGAAGCUCAUGAGUUCAAGUGGGACUUCUGACAGCUCUCCAUCCGGGAGCCCAGUGCUGUCCAGCUACAAACCAGCCCCUCCCAAAGAUAAGCUCCCAGAGACUCCGCGGCGCAGAAUGAAGAAAAGCUUGUCCACCCCCCUCAAUCCUGAAUUUGAAGAGGCCUACAGAUUAGGAUCGGAUAGCCGCAAACUGCUGUUACGGGAGCCUGUUGAUGCUAUGCCUGAUCCCACUCCCUUCUUACUGGCAAGGGAAACUGCCGAGAUCCACCUUAUCAAAGAGAGGCCUUUAGUCAUUCCACCGAUUCCUUCGGAACGCACCUCUGCUGAGCCACACAGCCCAGCCCGGGAGAAGCAGCACAAGGCUCACGUUGGUGUGGCACACCGAAUCCACCACGUUGCUUCACCCCAGGCACAGCCAGAGGUUGAGACACUAGCAGUGGAUCAGGUGAACGGGAGCAAAGUGGUCCGAAAACAUUCAGGGACAGAUAGAACUGUUUAAGCAUACUGUCUGGAGGUGACUCUCUUAUGCACUGUGAUCACAAAUAGGGUUAAUUGCAUCUGCAGUCACUCCCCCCCUUCAAAUCCCCUAUGCAUGCCAAAUUCUUUCCAUCACUAGAAUAACCUCCUCCAAUGGAUCCCCCAAUAUGACUAUCUACUUAAUGAAACGCUGUGGCCAAACUCAGGUGUCUGCCUGACUGCUUGCUUCCAAUGCUCCUUCAUUUAUUCUAAGCGCACUUGUGGGCAAAUGCCCAGGCAACAGUCUGCAUUAUUAAUCAAUAGUAAUGACAGAGUCUGAUAGCCUCCUAAUGAUAGCCCUGCAGCACUGUGUAUUGGCUGUUAAUGGUUAAAGCCUUCCAUGUAUGUAUCACUUCACAGUCAUGACAAAUCCUUCUUUUGGGGGAGGGGCAGCGCUGACCACCAGUGUGAGAAGAAAAAGAACAGCUCAGUGACCCCGCCUCCCUCCAUCCAUCACAUGGUCUUGAUCACAGUGUUCAUAUUUUCUGUUAUGUUUUUAUCUACAGCUACUAAAAUCCCAACAAACUCUAUUUUAUUAACCCUG